AUGCAGCCUUUCAAAAUUUUCAUCGCCUUCGGAUUGGUCACUGCCGCUUUUGCACAGUCCAAAAUCAAAAUUAUGCCGCUGGGUGACUCCAUCACCGAGAUAACGUGCGGGAGGGCUUUGGUCUGGGACAUGAUUGUCAGGGAGAAUCUUGCCGAUAAGGUGCAAUUCGUUGGCUCCAUGACCAACAACCCGCAAAACUGCCGAGCGCAAUCGGGCUCUUUUGAUCUCCACCAUGAGGGCCACUCGGGUUGGCUCUCCAUCAACAUUGCCAAUCAAUAUCUGCAAGGGUGGCUGGCAAGUACCAAGCCCGAUAUCGUCCAGUUCAUGCUUGGCACCAACGAUGUUGCGCAAGCGCGGACGACCAACGACAUUAUCGCUUCGUACACCAACAUGGUGGGGUUGAUGAGAGCAUCCAACCCCAGAAUGAAGAUUCUGGUUGAUCGUUUGAUCCCGUUGUCCUUCAAUGGCGGUGGAAUCGACACUCUCAAUCAGCGGAUUCCAAGUUGGGCCAGCGAACAGAACUCGACCAUCUCUCCAAUCGCAAUUGCAGACUGUUCAACAUCUGCUGGGUUCACAACCGCCAUGUUGAGAGAUGGCGUACACCCUAAUGAACAGGGAGACCAGGUCAUAGCCCGACAAGUCGGUCCAUUGCUCAUCAGAUACAUCAAGGACCUCGUUGUCGAACAUGGCCUGUGA